AUGUCACUCAAGCGGAAAGCUUCGUUCACAGCUAUCCCGAAUAGUCCGUCAGCUCCGGCCCCCAGUGAAUGGGGAAUGGUGAUCGAUGGGAGCCCACAUCUCCACAGCCGGACACGAAAGCGCUUCAGAGACGAUCGUCCUAGUGACCAAAUGAUUUACCAAAACACACUACGAUGGAUCUUCUCCGCCCAAAAGCAGCAGGAGUCUACACAAGCCACCGAUAUGGAUACAAUGGACUCAGAGCCAACUGCCGAAACACCAGAAGACGUUGACCCUCGACAACAAACAUUACACCGAUUCUUCCAACAAAAACCCCAGCAAACAUCAUCUUUCCGACCAUCCCGCUCAGCACUUGCACCUCGUGCCAAUGAAACUGCGCUCGCUCAGGAGGACCUCCUGCGUCGCCAGGCGUUUAAUCAAAUGAGCUCUGGAGACAGCUCGUGCGAAAGCAACAGCCCCGGAUCCAAUCAGAUGAGUGCUGAUGUGGACAUGGACAUGGAUAUGGAUAUGGAUGGCGGAAACGGUGGUGAUGGGUUUGACCAGGCACCAAGAACUGGGUGGGAGGAGUGA